AGUAUAGUGAGUGAUGAGUUUUAUCAUCUGCAGGAUGAAAUCUAAAUCCAUUUGACAUUUUCUCUCAGCACUCACAAUUCAGUUACCCUUACUGGGCCUUCAUAGAGUGCCCCAUUAAUAUAGGCCUCCAAUGGACUUAGCUCAUUUUCAAUGUAACGAGGCGAACCUUUUUUUUUGUUAUACCAAAAUCCGCCCCUAAUUUUAAAAAAAUCGAAUCAAACCCAUCUCAGCUAUCAAAGCGACGGCGACGGAGAGAGAGAGAGGAAACGAGAGACGGCGACAUCUCCCCCUCCUUCGUGGCUAUCGAAACCCUGAGCCCUAAUUUCACAAAUAAAACCUAACGGAAUCCUGUUUCCCCGCCGUCCUGCGUCGCCCGGCGGCGGAAAUGUGCGCUUGGGGCGAUGCGUUUAAUCCUCACCGUCAUGCUCUCUUUCAUUCCUCACCGUCCCUGCUCUUCCCCCGUUGCUCGUCCUCGCACACGUCGCUGCCGUCUCAGUCGCUUCGCCACCGCAUUGGUCGCUACCUCCGCUCUUCUCCUCGCCUCCGUCGCCUGGCUCUCCCUCGUCUUCUCACCCGCCACUUCUCGUUGCUGGCAUUUCCUUAGGGAUUGGGAGGACGCACACAUCUGGAACAGACGGUACCAUCCGAUUACCCCUAGAGAAAUCCCGCCGCCGUCGAUUCCAGCUCUCCCUCUCUUCGAUCAUGACGAGGAGAUUCUCCAGCAGCCUCGAAAUCGCAGUCUCUGGGAGUCGAAUAGACUUGAUCUGUCUCUGCACCACUUGAUGUUCGGUAUCGCGGGAUCUUCACAGCUCUGGGAACGACGCAAGGAGCUCGUGAGGCUAUGGUGGAGACCUUCUCAGAUGCGUGGUCACGUCUGGCUCGAAGAGAAGGUUUCUCCUGAGGAAGGAGACGAUUCUCUUCCUCCGACCAUCGUCUCCGAAGACUCCUCUCGUUUUCGUUACACCAAUCCCACUGGCCAUCCUUCUGGGCUUCGAAUCUCCCGAAUUGCAAUGGAGUCCUUCCGCCUCUCCCUCCCUGAUGUCCGGUGGUUUAUCCUCGGAGACGACGACACCAUCUUCAACGUCCAUAAUCUUCUCGCCGUCUUGAGCAAGUACGAUCCUUCGGAGAUGGUAUACAUCGGAAGCCCCUCGGAGAGCCACUCAGCGAACUCAUACUUCAGUCACAACAUGGGAUUCGGAGGCGGUGGCAUCGCCAUUAGCUACCCUCUAGCGGAAGCUCUCUCUCGUAUCCACGACGACUGUCUCGAUAGGUAUCCAAAGCUAUACGGUAGUGAUGAUCGCCUUCACGCCUGCAUCACAGAACUCGGAGUUCCUUUAUCCAGAGAGCCUGGCUUUCACCAGUGGGAUAUUAAAGGAGACGCUCAUGGGCUCUUGUCUUCUCAUCCCAUUGCACCCUUUGUCUCAAUUCAUCACGUUGAAGCUGUGAAUCCACUCUAUCCAGGCUUAUCGACGCUAGAUAGUUUGAAACUCUUCACAAGAGCCAUGAGUUUGGACCCAAAGAGUGUUUUGCAGCGAUCCAUCUGCUACGAUCACACUCAGAAGCUGACAUUUUCGAUAUCUCUUGGUUAUGUUGUACAAGUCUUCCCGAAUAUCCUCCUACCACGGGAUCUCGAGCGAGCUGAACUUUCCUUCUCUGCCUGGAAUGGGAUAAGCCACCCGGGCGAGUUUGAUCUUGACAUAAAGCUUCCCAUUUCAUCUCUCUGUAAGAAGCCUUUGCUCUUCUUCUUGAACGAGGUAGGGCGAGAAGGUAACGCUACACUCGGAACUUACUUGAGAUCCUCGAUAAAGGAUGAUUUGAAGAGGAAGCUUCUGUGUUUUCCACGAUCUCCUCCUCUGCAAAAAGUGGAAAAGAUCCAGGUCCUAGGGUUUCCUCUGAGCAAAAACUGGCACUUGGCCCCACGACGGUUGUGUUGCAGAGCAACGCCAACUACUAAUGAGCCUCUCAGAUUAACAGUUGGGCAAUGUGGAAAGAUCAUUUUGGGUUCCACGAUUAGUUCCCAAUGAACGAACACUUAUGGUGUAAAACUGGAUCUAAGCAUAUGUUGUUUCAGCUCUAUCCUGUGGCUUGUACAUAGGUAAGAUCCAGGACCUUUUUAACUGUUGUUUGACCUAGAUUGCUAAUGCCCAAAAUUGAAUUUGUUUUUUCUUUCUUUCUUCCAUUGUCACUCUUUUGUUUCUUCCUCUUUUGUACAUGCUGAGAUUUCAAUUUUCAAGAACUCAAACUCUUCCCGUUGAGAAAUUUGUGCAUUGUGUACAAACAUUUGAGCUAAACACAUCAUCAAAACUUCAUAUUGUGUGAAAA